AUAAUAAUACACCUAAUAAUAAUCAAAUUAUUGAAGAAGAUGAGGAAGAAGAAGAAGAAAUCAAACCUUUAAAUAUUCAUCAUAAAUAUGCUUCACCCUAUGAUAAUACAUUAAGUAGUGUAAAGAAUUCAACUAUAUCAAUACAAACAUUUGAAACCGCCAAAAGUCUGCAUUCAGAAGAUAAUAAGAAUUAUUUUAAUUCAAAUACAAAUACAAGUUCAAGUUCCAGUACAAGUUCAAAUAAUUUACAUCAUCAAAAUACAAGAUCUAUUUCUACUAUAGAAGAAUCAGGCUAUAGUACGGAUGAUACUCCUGUAUUAGGACAACCGGCUACAUUUCAAAACAUUACCCAAAUUAAAGCUUCACCCCAAUUAAAAAUCAUUGAAAACACAAUGGAUUCACUGGAGAAUCAAGACGAUACUUUAAUAGAAUCUUCGUCUUUUCAAAAAGAGGCUCAGUCAACCACCAUUAUUCGUUCAUCUAAUUCGGAAACUAUGGUACCAAAAAUAGAUUUUGUGCCACAAAAAAUUUUCAACACUAAUAGCCAUACUUUGCUGUCAAAGAAUGUCAACAAAAGUCAACUGACAUCAUCAAAAUACCCUAAUGGGAAUUAUAUACGAGAUAAUUUAAUUGGGGAAUCUAAAGAGGAUAAAGAAAAUCAUAAUAUUUUUUAUAAUUAUCAACAAUCCCAUCAUAUUUCUAAUCGAGAUUCUUUAGUGUCUAAACAAAACUCUAAUUAUUUAUCCGGUCCAUCCUAUACUUCAUCUGCAAAACCUUCUCAAACUUCUUCAAUUCUUUCUUCUCCUCCACUCACAAAUUCUACUAGUACAUCUCGAAAAAGUUCAGGUUCAAAAUCAUCUCAAAAAUCCCAUCAAUCAUCUUCAACAGUUGCUCCAUUAUCCAAACCAUUUUUGCAUCCACUGAAAAAUACCGGUACUAUGUCAACUACCACCACCACCACCACCACAACCAGCACCACCACCACAACCACCCCAACUACAUUAAUACCUCCACCUCCUAUAAGAGUUCAUCAAUCGCCUAAAUCUUUAUUACUUGACUUUUCCGAUACUUCUGAUGUUCAACAAGAAUCUCAUCACUCAAUCCAUAUUCCUGGAACUCCUGGAACUCCUGGAACUCCAAGAAAAUCUCCUCAUCUCCGUUCACAGUCAUCAUUUUCAACAUUUAAUAAGUUUGAUCAAUCUCCUGGUACUUCAAAACUUCCUAAUCAUAAAAGAAGUAGUACUAUGAGUGAUUUAACUAAGAUUUCUCAACAAACUGUACCUCAAGCCGAUAAUUCGGAAAAGAGAAACAGUAAAUUCAGUUUCAAAUCUUUAUUUAAAUCCAAAUCUAAAAGUCAUUCAUUAAAUGCCGACUCUGGAAAUGAACCAGCUCCUAAGAAAUUAAGUUCAAAAUCUUAUUCUACUUCUAAUUUGGAUACUUUAACCAAAAAGACUAAUACCAAUACCAAUACCAAUACUAAUACCAAUACUAAACAAGAUAAUAAACAAGAUAAAUCUAAUGUUAAGUCCAGUAAUGAUGUUCCAAAGAAAUUAGUAAGACAUGAUAGUUCUAGUUUAUUAAAUGUAUUCAAAAAGAAUAAAUCUUUGGAGAAUUUAAGUAAGUUUAGUAAUACUAAUACUAAUGAUUCCAAACCAAAACCAAAACCAAAAGAUAAUAAAAUUAAAUCCAUAAAUGAUAAACCAGUUGGAUCAGGUUUAAGUCCUGAUCCAGAAGCACAUUUAACUAGACAAAUGUUUAAUAUUCCUCCUCCCCCUAAAGUUGGAGGUAAUUUAAUAAGAGAAGUUAGUGAUGAUGAUUUUCCCAAUAAUUUUAUUAAUAAUAAUAAUAAUAAUAAUAAUAAUAAUAAUAAUAAUAAUAAUAAUAAUAAUAAUAAUAAUAAUAAUAUUAUUAAUAUUAAUAAAAAGAAUACUCCACUUAAACAUGAAGAAUCUCUUGAACAAGAUAAUGAAGAAGAAACUGAUAGUGAUUUUAUUAAUGAUGUACCAUAUGAAUCUUCAACUUUAUAUGAUCCACCUAAACGAGUAAGUCAUCCAAAAUAUGGUGAAGAAAUGACAUUAAUAUCAAAUGAUUUAAUAUUUGGAUCUCCAUUUCAAGUAAAAUAUACUGGAGCUCCUAAUUCAGUAUCUCCAAUAAAGAGAGGUGUCAUAACUUCUAAUGAUUUACAAGUUCCCAAAUCUAGUAAUGAAUUAUCUCAUAUUAUUGGAACUCCAACCCCAAUUAAUGAUAAUGAUAAUGAAGAAGGGGUAAAUAACAAAUUAGUAGGAGAAGCUUUAUUCCCUAAAUCAUUAAAUUACCAAGAAAUUGAAAGUAUUGUUUCUUUAGAAAGAUCAAGAUCCAUGAGAUCUAUAAAAUCAAAGAGAAAUUCAUUCAUUGGAUAUGAUGGUAGUGAUGAAAAUAUCAUUCAUUAUAAUGGUCCAUCGGCAUCACCUGGUGGUGGAGUUUCAAGAUCUAAUAGUAUAUUAAAGAAUUCAUCAUCAAGAAGAAAUAUUAAUGAAGAAUUAUCAGGAAACAAUUAUAUUGAUACUAAUCUUAUUGAUUUGAAUUCUCCAUUACCUAACGCUGAGAUUCCAAUUAGACAAGAUUCAUUACCGGGUCAACCUCCUUCCCAAGUUCCUUAUGAUGAAACUGGGGAUAAUAAUUUUUCAGAUUUAAUUGAAUUUACUGAUUUCAUAGAUAUUGAUAAUUUAAGUUUUUCUAAUUCUCCUCAACAAUUAUUGGAAAGAUCUCCUCGUCGGACUUUACCACCUUCACCAUUAAAAAGACCUGAAAUCGUCGUUCUGACUGAUGAUGAAGUCUCUCCACCUCCUAUGAUUGAAGAUGCUGUAAGUAAUAAGGUAUCUCCUGUCAUUGUUGUUCAAGAAAAGGAUCAUCCACAAGAAGUAAACCAACAAGUUGCACCAAUUAUAACAGUGGAAUCUUCUAUGGUAACACCUCCAGCAAGUCAAGAAGCCCAUCCUGAAGACAAUCAAGAAAGAAUUGUUAUAUCUCUGUCUUCAUCUCCAGAAGAAAUCACCAAGGCAGAGUUUCAAAAACUGACAUCAAUUCAAAACUUGCAAAAUACUCAACCACAACCACAAUAUUAUAGUGGUAAUCCAUUAACUCCAAAUUUACAAGGAAUUGAAACCAAAAACUUUCCUCAAUCUCCUGAAUCUAUUACCAGUAUGAUUGAUAAACAAUCACCUAUUUUGGAGAAGGCUUUACAACAAAAUAGACCUAUAGUUGAUUCCAAUGGUCGAGAUAUGUUUAGUAAUCGUCCAAUUUCUAUGUCAUUUACUGGAUUAAAGGGUCCUAUUUUUGGAGGUAAAUUAACUCCUCAUGAUAUUCGAGUUAGUGAAUCUCAUCAAUCAUUUAGUAUAUCAUUUGAUGAUGAUUCAAGUAAUAGUGGUCCAGGAGUUGGGGGAGGUUUUGGAACUGAUAAUGAAGAAGAAGAAGAAGAUGAUGAUGACUUUGAUAGUGAAUCUUUUGAUUAUGAUGGAAUUAAUGAUAAUGAUAUUGGAUCAGAUUAUCAUCGAGAUAUUAAUAAAGAAAAUGUCUAUUCACCUCCAGCACCAAUAUCUAAAAUAUCUCGAAGAUUUGGAUCAGAAUCUAAUAAUUAUUCACCUCCAGGAUUUGUUCCACCACCUAAAUUUAGUCAUAAUAAAAUUCCAUCAAUUUCUGAUAAUUCAUCAUUAAAUUCAUCUCCUAGAUCAUUUAGUUCAAUAAUUAAUAAAAAAUGGGGUAAAAAAUCUAAUAGUCCUCAACCAUAUCAAAGUCCAAAAUUUAUUAAAUCUGGUGGUAGUGUUAGAUUUAGUUCAAGAAUCAUACUUUAUGAUACUUAUGAUGGUGAUGAAUAUGAUAGACAUCCUGAUACUGCUACAUGUAAUCAAUUAACUCCAUUGUUGGCUCAACAAAUCAGAGAAGAAUUGAAUAACUUCAAGAGUCAAAUGGAUAUUCAUAUUGACUCCCGAUGUAAUACUCAUUUCUUUUAGUAAUUGCAUUUAAGAAUUUAAUAAUUGAAUAAUUGAUUAAUUUAAGAAUUUAAUAAUUUAAUUACUUCUGCUUCAUUUAUAUUUACUUCAUCUUAUGUACAUUAUUGCAUUUAAUUCUGUAUAGUUUAAUCCACAUUUUAGCAUGUUCCAUUUUUUCUUGACUAUGUUGCGAAAUUUAUGUGAAAGUACACUGCUCCAAUUAAUAUGGGCACGCAUCAGCUAAGUAUUCCUAAGUAUUCCUAAGAAUCCCUUUAUAGAGAUAAUGGUAUAUGAGAAUGGUAUAUGAGAAUGAAAGACAAGACAAUGUCACGUAAGAGAACGACACACAAGACAAUAUAUAGAAUGAAUACAUAUAUCUUAUAUAGCUCGAGUUCUUUAACAUUAUCAUUACUUAUUGUUACUCCUACAUAAUCAUAAACAGUCAAGCACAAGUAAUUCUAUUA